AGCAGAGGACCCCCGGGGGAACUGAGCCCCGGCGCCCAGUCGCCUAGCCCAGUUCUAGCCUGGGCCCGCAUGGAGGGGACCGCGGAGACCCUGACGCCAGACCUGCGAGACGUGGAGGGCAAGGUGGGCAGGAAGACCCCCGAAGGGCUGCUCCGAGGGCUGCGCGGCGAGUGGGAACCAGGCACCCAGCAACUCCCGGGGACGCCGAGCGCGGGCCCCGGCCUGGGGGACAAGAUCAUGGCGCUGAGGAUGGAGCUGGCUUACCUGCGAGCUAUUGAUGUGAAGAUUCUGCAGCAGCUGGUGACCUUGAACGAGGGCAUCGAGGCAGUGCGCUGGUUGUUGGAAGAACGGGGAACAUUGACCAGCCAUUGCAGUAGCCUCACCAGCAGCCAAUAUAGCCUGACAGGUGGGAGUGCAGGCCACUCAAGGCGGGGCAGUUGGGACAGCUUGCCAGACAUCAGCUCCACGGACCGACUGGACAGUGUCUCUAUUGGCAGCUUUCUGGAUACUGUGGCUCCCAGAGAACUGGAUGAAUCUGGCCCCCCUGGAGCUCCCUGUCCUGAAAUGGACUGGUCAAAGGUUAUACCUGGCGAGGACAGGGCCAGGACUGAGGUGGACAUGGCAUCCACCAGGCUAGAGAAUCUGAGGGCUGUGUGGAAGCCCUCAGAGGAUGGGUGCCAAGGUGGACCACCUGAGCCACCAGAGGAUAAGAGUGCCAAACUGGGUUUUGAGGCCCAUUGGUACUGGGGACAGUGCCAGGAUGAUGUGACCUUCUUGUAACAACUUUUUUUCCCACAUCCUUUUGUAUUAUUGUGAUUUUUUUCAUUCCUUGUCUCUAAGGUCUCCCAAAAUUUAUUUUCCCUAAAUCUGGGACUACGUAUAGACUGUACUGAAAUCAGUUAGCAUGGAAACCUAGCUCAUCAUCUCUGUCAUCCCUAGGGAGCCUCUGCCUUUAUCCCUCAAUUAUUGGGUCCCUAGAGCUAUUUCCAUAGAGAUUGACUCUCGAGACUUAACCUGUGGCUCCUGGUGUGAGAGUAUCUCCAUGUUCCUCCCCCAAGUAAGUGAGGGUUUAAGGAAUUUAGGAUAUCACUGAUGAAGAGAUGGGGGUGUAAUCACCUCAUCUGAAGUCUAGGAGCCUUGGCUCCCUCAGGCAAAAUGGAGGAUUGAAGGACAUUUAGGACCAAACCUCCAUGUAUUGGCUUUCCUAGAUCGAUGUCUUUGGAAUUGGGAGACCUGUCUCUUCCUAUCUGCCUAAUGAUGUCAUUUCUUGUCAGGAUGGACUAAUGCUUCUUGUCUCCCAGUCCUUGGUGUAAUAGGUCAAUGUAGAGGACAUCGGAGUCCCUGCUGCUAAGGGAGACCACAUCUUUAAUGUCCAUGCCAUUACUUCUUCUAUCCCUUCUCCUGGUAGGGAGAGUUCCUAACUGGCAGAUGUUUGUGCUCCUUUUCAAUUACAUUGUUCUC